AAUAAUAAAUAUACUUAUCAAUUUUCCGAUAUAUAUAUAGAUGGUUUUGAUCAAUUAAUAAGUGUAUUUAAAAAUAAAUAUUCUGAUGUUUUCUUUUCAUUAGAUUACAUGUGUAAUAAAAUAUUAAAUUAUAAUAAAUUCGAAGCUUUUGAAGAAACGUACCAUUUUAUAAAUAAACUGUUUCAUAAUUGUAUGGACAUUGGCAAUUCCGAAAUACAUAUAAACGAAAUUAUGCACAAUGUAAUGAACAAUGUAAUGAACAAUGUUUUGUAUAAACGAUAUAAGAAAAAAUUGAAAAAGAAUAAAAAUAUGCAUAAUAGGAAAUAUAAAAAUGUUGUUAAAAAUAUGAAUAUGUUUUGGAAGGAAUUUAAAAAGGAUAUAAAAUUUUUAAAAAAAAAUGGAUGUAUUGAAAAAUUGAACACAACAAAGAUGAAAAAUAAAAAAAAUUAUAUACAAAAUAAAGAUAUUGAUAAUAUUAGUGUUAUAAAUGAAUAUUCAAAAAAUAUAUUAUCAAUGGAUGAUAAUUCACGUUUUAUGUUAUCAUAUUUUAUAUCCUUUUUAAAAAAGUGGAAAUAUAUGUUAUCUAUAUAUUUAUCAGAAUUAAUUGAAACACAAUAUUUAGAAGAUUGUUCUUAUACCUUAUGUGAUGCAUUGCAUAAAUUUGAUAUUCCUAUUGAAUUGCCAAAACAGAGAUUGAAAUAUAUUGGAGAAUAUUUAAAUUAUCAUUAUAAUUUAAAUACAUUUUCUCCUUCCAAAAUUAUUAAGGUAAAUUCUUCAGUGACAUAUAAUAUGUCAAAUAAUUAUAUUUUAAAAAAAGUUAGUUUUUUAACAAGCGAUGGAAAUAUUUAUUAUUAUACACAACAACCACGCAAUUAUGUAAGGAAUAAAUCUGAGCAUAAAUUUAUGUUAUUCCAAGUUUUAUUAAAUAAUAUAUUCUUUAAUUAUUCACAAACGAAGAAGAGGGGCUUAUCUUUUAAAAUAAAUUUUAAUACACAAAUACAUCCAUCUAUUAUAUUAAAGGAACAACCCAAGGAUGAUAUUACCCUACAUCAAAUUUAUAGUGAAUAUAUUUCUGUUAUGAAAAAUGAAAAAUAUUCUAUGGAUAAUAUAAUGUUGCAUCAUCGAAAUAUGGUUCAAAGUUCUCUUCACAAGUUAUUAUUAAAAGAAAUAGAAAAUAAAUUAAAAUGUGAAGAAAAGAAUAUGCAUAUGUCUAUUAAUGAUGGUAUGCAACUCAAAAAUGAUAUUACAUGUUUUACAAGAAGGGAAGAUCAAGACAUACAUACACACAACAACAACAAUAUCAAUAAUAAUGACAAUAAUAAUGACAAUAAUAAUGACAAUAAUAAUGACAAUAAUAAUGACAAUAAUAAUAAUAAUAGUAAGGGCGAAUAUAAUACGUUGUUGAAAAUGCUCCCGUGUCAAAACGAUUUAGUAGGUGAGACAAAAACCUCCAACAGAGAAAAUCUUAAUAUGAAUGUUAAUAGUCCAUCAAAUAAUAAAAUACAUAUAUCAAAUUUUGAAUAUUAUUGUUCUUUAACAUAUGAAGAAUUAAUAAAAUAUUUUUGCAAUGAAGAAUGGUUUUAUAAAAUUUUGAGAAAAUGUGAAAAAAAAAGCUUAAGAAAAAGUUUUAACACAAUAUGCAAAAUGAUACCAAAUGAUAUUUUGAAAAAUUACUUUUUUUCUAUACAUAAUAAUAUAGAAAAUUAUAGCAUUUUCCAUGAUCAAUUUGUGAAAAAUUAUUCUAUAUUGUGCAUGUUGAAUUAUGUAUUUUUUCAACUUAAUACUAAUUUAGAGAAUAUAGUUAUAUCCAAAUGUUCAGGCAGAUCAGCGUAUUUUGAAGGAAGAGCAUUAUAUAAAGAUUUUAGCAUGAAAAAAGAUAUAAAUAGAAAAAAAUUAGCAUUCAGAUUAACAAGAAAUAUAAAAGAAUUUAUUGGAUAUCAAGGAUUACAUGGAAGUUUUCCUUUAUGUUUUUAUUCAUCCAUUAUGGCUAUUAAAAAGAAAAAAAUGGAAAUAAAAAACUUUCUGAAUCUAGCUAUUUCGGAUGAUUUUUUUGCCUUACAUGUUCAGAAAAAAAAUAGAAAUUUCAUGGAAAAAAAUAAAGGUAGAAUUAAAUAUAAAUAUAUACACCAAAAUAGAGAUAAAAAAGAAAAUGAUAAUGAAAUGAAUAAAGAAAUAUUAAUAAAUGAAUAUAUAAAGUGUUUACAUAUUGAUGAUAUAGAAAAACGAAAUAUAUUAAAAAAUGCUGAAAAUUAUGUUAGUACAAUAUUUGGUCGUGUGCAAUUUUUAUAUAAAAAUAAAUUAGAAAAAAGGAAAGCUGAUAAUAGAUUAAAAUCAAAUGAAAAGUCCAACAUAAAUGUGUACGAAUAUUUUUCGGAUUUACAAGACAUUACGUCUUUAUCAGAAAUGUCAUCUGACAAUAAUAAUGAAUAUUUAAAUUAUGAUGAAGUUGAUAAGAAGAGGGUUCAAAACGGUGGAACACGUGAAUAUAAAAGGAAGAAAAAAGAUAAUAUUGUGCAACAACAAACAGUAAAAGAGGAAAAAGAAGUAAAUGAAAAUAUGGACAAUUUGCAAGAUAUACAUAUAAGAGAUAUGAAUGAAGAAAAUAAUAAAAUAAAAGAAUGUACCAAUAAUAUUACCAAUGAGGUUGUAGUAAUUAAUUCGCUUAAUAAUAAUAAUAAUAAUGAUAGAAUUAACCAAAUGAUUGAUAUUCCAAAAAAUAUAGAAGGAAUAAAAGAAAUAAAGCAUGGAGAAAAUAAUUCUUGUAAUAAUAAAGGAAAAAGGAAGUAUAAGAAAAAUAUAACUAUUGCAUAUAAUGAUGUGGAACUUAAGAAUGUUCAUCAGUUAUUAGAACAGAAGGCAUUAGAAAAUAUAAGAAAUCAAAAAAAGAAUGGAAAAUACACUAUUGAACAUGCAAAAAAUGAAGAAGCAAUAGAAAAUGACGAAAACAGUUAUAAUAAAUAUAAGUAUGUAAAAAAUUAUGAAAAUAAUAAAUAUAACGAUGAAGAAAAAAAUAUGAAAUAUAAGAAGAUAACAAAUAUAUCUGUAGAUGAUAUAAAUAAAUCUGUAGUUGAUCUUAUGGAAAUGUCUAUGAAUAAAAAGAAUUUAAAAAAUGCAAAAAGAACAUGGUUUCCAUGGUUUUAA